AGCUGGCCAUGGUUCCUUUGGUCUUGUCAGAUUGGGUAAGUCCCAGAUCUUUUGUAAUCAGGGUUAUCGUUCCCAGGUUUAUGGUCAAAUUCCUCACCAUCAGCCCAGAGUUCUGCGAAUCUGGUGAAGCUCUAAGGGUGAUGGAGAAAUUGGAGAGUGUUCCUUUAAGGCACGGAUCAAGGAGGGGAGCCAGGGUGUCCGUUGUAGACGCAGCCCCAGGCUGCAGUCUGGGGCCCAAUUAGCAGUGAGCUAAGCAGGGUUUUUGUUUAGCUUAGCAACCGCCUGCGCGGUCCCGGGGGCCCGUCGGGGUAUCUGCGGCGGGCGGAGGCCCGGACCUCUUUUCUCAGCUCGCGGUGGCGCUGGCAGCUGCAGAAGUCGCCUCCGUGGGCUCCCGGACCCCUGGCCCUCGGGGUCUCGCAGCACUAGGGCAGAGAAGGGACUGCUCCCCGCGUCGGGGCAGGUCCGGCCGAGCGGGGCCGAGCGCCUGGGGGGGGGGAUCCUCCGCGUGGGGAGAGCACCAGAGGCUCCCGGGGUGCGCGGCUUGAGGGGACCCCACGACCCCCGUCCCCACCCCGGGCCGCCUCGUCCCGAUCCCUGCGGGCGGCGGUGGAUGGAGCCCCGCAGCCCGGCUCCCCGCGGACUUGAGGUUCGGCCAGCAGCCAGGACAGCACUUCCAAGGCCAGGACAUGAAGGUCGCUGUGUUGGACCUUGGGUCUCUCUUUGCCAAAAUCUUCAAGACCUCGACGGCGCCCGCGGCGAUUCCCCCGCCGGUCGCCUCCUCCAGCCACUCGCGAGGCGCAGCCACCGCAGGGCCGGCGGGCAUCGGGGCGGGCACCCGGCUUGGCACGGCCCCGACCUUGACCCUCUUUCCAGCCCUGGCGCCCGACUCCCGCUCCGGCUCGCGGGGGGCGCCAGCCCUGCAGCAGCCGACACCCGCCCCGCUCCAUCCUCUGCUCGCCGCCUCCCACCCCCGGGUCUCGGUCGCGAGCCGCACGGCAGAAGCGGGAGGGACCCCCCGCUGGCUGCCCAGUAGCCCGAGAGCAGCCAAAGUCCGGUCCUCGCCCCCGCCCCUGCCCUCGGCCCCCUCCAGCGGCGUCUGCGGCGCAGCCGGCUCCCCCGCCCCCCCGGUGGCCGUGGCGCGGCCGCCCCCGGGCCCUGGCGGGGUCUGGGCGGCGCUGCCGUCCAUCGGGGGCUCCGCGGGCAGCGGCAGUGUGACCGCGAGCCCACCGAACCCUCGCCCGCCCGGCCCCGGGGAGCGGGAGCCCGGCACUCGGGUACCCCCCGGGCCUGGCCCCAAGACCCUGUUCUUCACCCUGCCGGACCUCGGCGAGGAGUGGGCCUCGGACAGCGACUCGGAGGACGGCCGAGAAGCGUACCAAAUGCUGUGUGCAUGUUCUAUAGUCAUUGCCAUGAAUCCCCAAAACAAACAUACAAGAAGAGGGCUGCCAGAAGGAUCUGGAAAGCAGAGUUUUGCUGUGAAAAGCAAAGAUCCUUUACCUACACAUUUUACAAGAAAUGUACAGAAAGCCAUUGAUAAAUAUACCUGUGAAUCCGCGUCAUCAUUUUCAUCAAGUGGAAGCCCCACGCCCACAGAAGCUCCCAACUCCUGGUCUGGGUCUGGGACACAGAGUUCAACCACAGGCUUAUCAACCGAGAGGAGCUCCAUUUACUCUUGGAGAGAUGACGAGUUUGACAAAGCCAAUGCACAGAAAGUACAGCAGUUAUUCUGGGAGGUCGAGGAAAUGUUAUUUGAAGGGAAAGUAAGCCCUCAGACCCAGAAUCUACGGGCUGAAUGCAGUGAGUGGGCAAGAAGGUCCCUCCAUCUGAGAGUAUUAGGAAGACAGCUCAUCCUGCCCACUGAUGAAGGGGUCCGGCAUUUCCAGGGCAGCAAACCUGCUUCUGCCGUCCACAGACCCUUCUUUGACGACUGUGAACCCAGCAGCAACAUCAGAGAGCUGUGCAUCUUCGGCUCUCAAAUAGUCCCGGCCGCACUCUCAGCCCUCACCCUGCCAGGUCCUGUUGGCACAGGGGUUGCGGACCUCACGGCAUGUUCGUCCCUGGAAGAAGAGGUUUAUGAUGUGGAUGGAAAGAUUGAAGAGUAUUUCGCUUUUGACAGAAAAGAAGAUGACGAGGACUGUCUUGAACAAAACCCAGCUCAUCAUCACAGGACGUGGCAUAAGCACGGACUUCCUCCUGUAUCCCCGCAUGACUGUGUCAGAGACGCAGUGGCUGCAGAAGUGUUUGAUCACGUCUGGACAGCUGUGGUGGAAAUACUGGAAAAGCUGAUUAGAAAAAACUGGGAAAUUACACUCACAGAAGGAAAAAAACAGAAAGAAAAAUUGAAAGUAGCUGAGAAUAAAUCUCCACCUCUGGUCAUUUCCUGUAUUAAUGCUGAUGUGUCCGGUGUUCCCCCGUCCAGAAGUUCUGAAACUCGAAGUGUAAUCCUGGCUUCUCAUCUUAACCCACCUCAGAUUCACCGCUUCUCCAAUAAUUUUUAUAGUGACUUGAAUGGUGUGAUGACAAUUCAAGCAAAACCACUUCAGCAGAGACCUACCUAUUCUGCAGAUAGAACACAGGGUGAGCAAGAGGACAAGUCACUGGGUGUAGGGGCCGGUGCUCUUUCCUCUGCCCCCCACCGGCUGGCACGGAUCUCGGAUGCUCGCGGGCUACAGACUUCUGCAAAGAAAACACUGGCAUACACGAGGCUGCCUUCUCUUACCUCAGAAUCACAGAGACUAAAAAUCCCCAGUGUGUACAGUGAUGAAGUUCUUAGGGGAACAAAACUGCAAACUGGCAUGGACCGCAUGGCCUCCCCACCAGUUCAGACCUCAAGGAGCAGGUUGCCACCAAUAGGCUCAGAAACUGGGGAGCAGAAUAUGGCAGUUCCCAGAUCGCGCCCUGUUUCUUUCAGAGGAAGGCAUCCACAAAACCACGUGUUGAGCGCAGUACCUGUCUGUGUAGAACGAUCACCCCUUCAAGAAAGAUCUCUGGCCACGGAACAGUUUUAGCCCAGCACAACCCAUACAUGUCGGUCAGAUACGCCUCGAAAAGGUUCAUUGACACUGAGGGAAUUUGCUGGUCACACAUGGACAGGUCAAGGUUUUUUGACAGGUUCACAAUUUCCACCAAAAUCUUUUCAGAGGACAACUUUGACUUUCAGAAAGAGAUUCCAAGUGACGUCUUGAUGUGACUUCACCAGGGCUACAACACCUGCUGGAGCAUUCAAAGCCUCAGUACACCAUUUAUCACUUGAAAAAUAGAAGAAGUAUUGUUAUGUAUCUGUCUGACAGUCUGAGAUGUUAGACUACCUGAGAGAAAUGCAAACAAAUAAACAACUUAAUUUUGAACACUUUGUGCUGUAAAGAGAAUACAACUCAAACUCAGCAACCUUCUUCAUUAUCGGAAGCAUUCCAAUAAAGGUUCUUUAGGCUUUGCUCAGAAGAAUCUAAUAUGUGUUUAUAAUUCAUCCUUUUAUUAAUUAUACACAGACACACACAUGCUUAGUGCGUGUAUUCACACACUACUUAAUAUAUGAAAGUAUAUUAUCUAGGAAUAUGCCCUUUUAUCUAGGAGUAUGUAACUUUAUGUCUUGACAUUUUUUUGUCUCAUUCUAUUAUUAAUUCCAUCAAAGUCCUAGUCACUAAUAGACAUUACUCCCUCCUUUAGAAAAUAGCAAAGUCAUCUUUGGUGCAAUAUGACAGGUUGACUAGUGUUCAGAUUGUUCUAGUCGUGCUGACUUGCUUAUACCUUUUUAAAAAAGCACUUUAGUCAUGAACCUCUUUGAGGAAUGUCAGUGGCUGUCUUAAGCCAAUUUUCUUUUACUAGUUUUCAUGCUCAAAUUCAGGCAGUCUAUUUAAAAUAUAAUAAAAUAAAAUAUAAAUGAGUAUAAAUGUAGUUAAAAUA